AUGACUUCCCCGAGCAAACCUCGCCUAGUCAUCAUAGGUUCAGGAUGGGCGGGCUUCUACCUUGCCGAGAACAUCGACCUGAACGCAUACUCCGUCACCGUGAUCUCUCCGCGUCGCACAUCGGCAUAUACACCCCUCCUAGCCUCAGCAGCAGUAGGCCUCUUCAACUUCUACCUAGCCGAGGAGCCGGUGCGCAGCAAGUCCCGGUGCGCCCUCCGCUUCAUCAAAGCCAACGUCCUGGACAUCAACUUCCCGGCCAAGACAUGUCGAUGCGCCCCUGCCUUUGACGAAGACCCCCAGCUCGCGAAUGACGAGUUCGACGUCGAAUACGACUAUCUCGUCAUCGCGCCAGGGUGCCAGCCCAACACCUUCGGCACCCCGGGCGUGGCCGAGCACGCUAUCUUCAUCAAGAACGUCUCGGACGCCAUGAAAGUGCGAAAGACAAUGUUCGACCUCCUCGAGAAGGCGUCCCUUCCCAACGUCUCGCCCACGCGCGCCAAGGAACUUCUACACAUCGCCAUCGUAGGCGGCGGGCCCACGGGCAUUGAAUUGACCGCCGAACUCGACGACCUGUGCCAGGAUGAACUCCGCUACAUCUACCCGCAGGUCGCCGAGCAUGUGAGCAUCUCCAUCUACGACGUCGCCCCGCACAUUCUCUCGGCGUAUGAUAGCAAACUGCACGAGUACGCGACCUCGCAGCUGGAGAAGCGACACAUUGACGUCGCGCCCAACACGCGCAUCGAAAAAGUCGACAGCCAAGCGCUCUACAUCAAGGACAAAGGCCGCGUCCCCUACGGCAUGCUCAUCUGGGCCACGGGGAACAAGAACGUUCCUCUCCUCGAGACCAUCGACGUCAAGCUCUCGGAAAAGGGCCUCAAGCGGAUCCUGACGGACGAUCACCUCCGGGUGUUCAAGCCCGGGGAGGUAGGCGGCAUUCAUGACGGCGUCUUCGCACUAGGCGACGCCGCCGACAUCGAGGGUGCCUCCCUCCCCACGACCGCCGAGGUGGCGGUCCAGAAGGCCAAGUAUUUGGUGCGGAAUUUCAACGAGCUGGCCAAAUCUUCUGGUGCCGGUGCCAGUGGUGCCGGGACUGAUUCGGCCUUCACGCAGCCGUUCACAUAUUCCCAGAAGCAGUUGGUGAGUUAUAUCGGGGCCCACGACGGGGUCAUUGCGGGGAAAGGACCCAACAGUGAAGGGUGGACCGGGCGGAGUGCGUGGCUGGCCUGGCGGAGCGGGAGUCUCAUGUGGAAUCGCAACUGGAGGUCGAGAGUCACGAUUGCCUUGACCUGGAUUCUCAAUCGGAUCUGGGGCAAGGAGAUUGCGAAGAUGUAG